AUGGAGGAUGAGAGCAGCCAGGACUCAAGCGUGCAAUACAUGAACCUCUCCGACGACGAAGCCAUGCAUUUCCGGAUCCCUGCUAGCAUUGAAGACCAAGACUACAGUGGCAUUGAGACAGCACCCAGAGUUCUUUGCCAUCAGCAUGGCGUGGCGGCUGAGAGGCGUGUAGCAUUCGAAGCUUUUAACACAGGCAGGAGGUUCUUAGUCUGUCCUAUGAGUGAAGAUCACAACUGUGCUAUUGUUCUCUGGGUUGACCUAGAGUGGCCUCCUACAUUGCAGAAUGCCUUGUUGAAGCUAUGGGAAAUGUAUCAUGACAGCAAGAGUGAUAGGAGGAAGGAUAACCUGGAGAGUUCACUCACUAUUCACCAUCUCACUGAAGAAAAAAAUAAUCUAGAGGCCAACUAUGACAAAUUAGUUGAAGAUGUGCACCCACUGUUAAAUGCUCAAGAGGAUAGGAUGGUAGAUUUUAGCUAUUUGCAGGCUAAGAUGCAGAAUGUGCAUGUUUCUGAUUCAGUUGUAUGUGACAUGAAGACAGAGAUGGGGAAGAAAGAUGCAGAGAUCUUCAAGCUGCAGGAGAAGUAUAAAGUUGAUGAACUCAAAAAAUCUGAGGAAAAGCUCACCCAGGAGAACACCCAGCUGCUCCUUCACAUGGGAGAUCUCAAGAAGGGGCAUGACAAGCUCACAGCAAGGAGGGAUCAGCUAAAGAUUCAGAUUGCUGAACUGUUGAAGUCAGAGGAGAAGAACAAGCAGAAAUUGAAGGGGAUCCUGGACAUCUUGUCAGAAUGA